CUCCGCGCUUUCCAGUACAGGGACCCGGCCGACUCCACCCGCCCCGACACGAUGAGUAAAGGUGCGAUCAUCGGCGCGUCGACCGUCCUGGUGGUGGCGGUCGUCGCCGCCGUGUGCGUCGUGUCGUUCAAGGGCAACGGCAGCGACAAGGGCGAUGGGGAGCUCACCACCUCCGUCAAGUCCGUGAAGGCCUUCUGCCAGCCCAUGGACUACAAAGAGACGUGCGAGACGGAGCUGACCAAGGUGGGCGGCAACGCCACGUCGCCGACGGAGCUCGCCAAGGCCAUCUUCGAGGUCACCUCGGAGAAGAUCAGGAAGGCCAUCAGCGAGUCGGCCACCCUGGAGGAGCUCAAGAGCGACCCACGCACGUCGGGGGCCCUCGAGAACUGCAAGGAGCUGCUGGAGUACGCCAUCGAGGACCUCAAGACCACCUUCGACCGCCUCGGCGGCUUCGAGAUGACCGACUUCAACAAAGCCGCCGCCGACCUCAAGACCUGGCUCAGCGCCGCGCUCACCUACCAGGAGACGUGCCUCGACGGCUUCGCCAACACCACCACCGACGCCGCCGCCAAGAUGCGCGGCGCGCUCAACGCCUCCCAGGAGCUCACCGAGGACAUCCUCGCCGUGGUCGACCAGUUCUCCGCCUCCCUCGGCAGCCUCAACAUCGGGAAGAGGAGGCUGCUAGGGGAGGAGGACGGCAUGCCUUACUGGAUGAACGACGGGAAGAGGCGGCUGCUGGAGGCCGAGCCCUCCGCACCGGAGUUCAAGCCCAACGUCACCGUCGCCGCUGACGGCAGCGGCGACUUCAAGACCAUCAAGGAGGCGCUCGCAAAGGUGCCGCCCAAGAGCGCCUCCAUGUACGUCAUGUACAUCAAGGCCGGCACCUACAAGGAGUACGUCUCCGUGGGCCGCCCUAUCACCAACCUCGUCGUCAUCGGCGACGGCGACGACAAGACCAUCAUCACCGGCAACAAGAACUUCAAGAUGAACAUCACCACCAAGGACACCGCAACCAUGGAGGCAAUCGGGAACGGCUUCUUCAUGAAGGGCGUGAGGGUGGAGAACACGGCGGGGGCCGAGAACCACCAGGCCGUGGCACUGCGGGUGCAGAGCGACCAGGCCGUCUUCUACCAGUGCUACUUCGACGGGUACCAAGACACGCUCUACACCCACGCGCAACGGCAGUUCUUCCGCGACUGCACCGUCACCGGCACCAUCGACUUCAUCUUCGGCAACUCCCAGGUGGUCAUCCAGAACUGCCUCAUCCUGCCGCGCAAGCCCAUGGACAACCAGCUCAACAUCAUCACCGCGCAAGGGCGGCGCGAGAAGCGCUCCGUCGGGGGCACCGUCAUGCACAACAACACCAUCGAGCCGCACCCGGACUUCAAGGACUCGACGGGCAAGAUCAAGACCUACCUGGCGCGGCCAUGGAAGGAGUACUCUAGGACCAUCUACAUCCAGAACGAGAUCGGCGCCUUCAUCGACCCCAAGGGCUGGCUCGAGUGGAACGGCGACUUCGCCCUCGAGACCCUCUUCUACGCCGAGGUGGAGAACACCGGGCCCGGCGCCGAUAUGAGCCAGCGCGCCAAGUGGGGCGGCAUCAAGACUGUCACCUACGCUGACGCACAAAAGGAGUACACCGUCGAGGCCUUCAUCCAGGGCGAGCAGUUCAUCCCCAAGUACGGCGUGCCCUACAUCCCGGGGCUCCUCCCGCAGUCGGAGGCGGGGAGGGAUCAUUAACUCAUCACUCCAUCCGUUACCACGUUUCAUUUCCCCCCUGCUCCGUUGCUACUUAUAUGCAAUUAGCUGAGUUGACAUAUACUGUUAAUUAUACACUAUGGUGCACUGCGUACCAUGAUGAUUAACCAAUACAUGUAUACUUACUAACUAGCUUUAAUUUGGAGGAGAGAAAGAUGUGCAUGUGUAUGUAAACCUGGGAUGUUUAUUUUUCGUAUGUAUACCUUGCUAAUUUCUUUA